GCGGGAUGGGGCUCCCCCGCAGCCCACGGCAGGCUGCUCCGGCGCUCCUCGCCCCGGCCGGGGGAUGCCCCUCUGCAGCCAUCCCCCACCGCCUCGCAAGCCUUCCGUCCCCAUCGAACUCCCGCGAGCGGCGGCGCUUCGCGGCCAGGCUCUCUCGGAGCUUCCCUUUCACAAGAGGUCGCGCCCGGACACCGCCGGCAGGGCUGCUCCCACCUGUGCUCGGCGGCCCCGAGCUCGCAGCCGCUCCGGUGACAGGCGCACCUGCGCCCCGUCCCCGAGCCGGCAGCGGGAGCUUCUAAGCGCAGCGGAAGAAGGGGAUGGGCUUUGCCAGGGGGUUGCUGCUAGUGCAUAUGUUAAGAUAGAAACCCGGCAGAGCAGCCUACCAGUUGCCACUAUAGUUCAAUUUGGAAAAGUUUCUGAGCUCCGCCAUAGAACUUGUUACGGGAGGAACCACCUCGGCAUAAUGCCUCACCUGGCGGCUGCUGCGCACCCGGAGGCAGAGACUCUGCCCGGUUCGCAAGCACCAGCGACGGGUCCAGGUCUUUAUGGGUCUCCCUCCACCCCAGCUAAGCCGGCUAGGCUCCCCCUCACUGGUGCUGCCCGGCUUUGUAUUGCUCCUGACGUGACGGUGCUCCUAGUAGAGGAGAGGCUCUUUUUGUCCCUCCCGUUCGCUUCGGCCGAGCGGAAAGAUUUUUUUUUUCCUAAUAUCACAUUUAACAGAGCGGGAAAAGCACAUUUCCUGCCCCCGCUAAUUAUAUCGCACCCUCCACCAUGCUGCCCCUUCCCGUUCCCAGCGGCCAGCGAGCCCCCGGAGCUGGCGUUGCCCGCGCACCCACUCCGCAGUUUCUCGGACACGCAGCUGUCCGAGAGAACCUCUCCCACCCCGGGAGCACGGCCCAGGCCAGGCUCCCGUUCCUGGAGGUACGAGUUGCCGUAUGAUCUUACUGAAAAGCACUACCGUACCGUUCCUACGCACCGCAGCGUGCAAGCCGGGCAGGGCCGGGGCUGGUACUGCCCCACUCCGUUGGUUACCCCUCUUCACUCAUACCUUUACGUGCUCGGCUCUCCCUUACGACCUCCUCCCUCCCCAAACGCCCCCGCCUCGGUGCUGCCGGCCAGGUUCGCCUGCCCCGGCAGAGGCGGCGGCGCAUCAGCAGGUUUGCCCUUGCAAUAAAGCGAGACCACCUUCGCGGGCCGCCGCCUCUGCCGCGUGCCCGGCGGAGGGGAGCCGAGGACAGGCUGUGUGGUGGGGGGAGGAGAUGUCCCUCCCCCGCUCCGCCGCGAGGUGAUCUCUCGCCUCGGGUUCCUCCUCUGGAUGCUGGGAAGUUCCGAAGCGGGAUCGCCAGAAACACACGGGCUGCGAGAGGGAGCGCCUCUCGCGGGGCUCGCCGCUAACCACGCUGUCUCUCCGCUCGCAGGCGGCACCCGGGCUGGGGACCGGGACCAUGUACCCGGCACGGCGCUGAACCCCGCGGCGGCGGCGGCGAAGCGGAGCCCUCCCCCGCCGGCAGCCCCCGACCUGCGUGCGAGCGGGGCCGCGCCCGCCGCCGCCGCCGCCCAUGACCCUGCGCUCCGCCGAGUCCCUGGAGAGCGCGGAGAGCUCCCAGGAGCGCUGGGGGCACCGCGAGGCGGCGGCGCCCGUUGCCGAGGAGUCCCGUGAGGCGGCGCAGCUGGCCGCGGCUAUGGAGGAGCUGCGGCGGGCAGGAUGGUACUGGGGCAACAUGACUGUUGCUGAAGCCAAAGAGAGAUUACAGGAUGCCCCCGAAGGAACCUUUUUGGUUAGGGAUAGUUCACAUUCAGAGUAUCUACUGACUAUUUCAGUAAAAACAUCAGCGGGACCGACCAAUCUACGUAUAGAAUAUCAAGAUGGCAAGUUUAGACUGGAUUCUAUCACUUGUGUCAGAUCUAGACUUAAACAGUUCAACAGCGUUGUGCAUUUGAUUGAGUACUAUGUUCUUAUGUGCAAAGACAGAACUGAAACACCUUCAAAUGGAACAGUUCAUCUUUACUUGAACAAACCCCUCUAUACGUCCGCUCCAUCUCUGCAACACCGCUGCAGAAUAGCUAUAAACAAGAGUACAAAUCAGAUCUGGGAGCUGCCAUUACCAACAAGACUAAAAGAGUACUUGAAAGAGUAUCAAUACCAGGUAUAAAUAUAUUUUCUAAAUGCCUCUAACAUAGAGUAACUUUUGAAUGCAAUUCUUAAAAUCAGCCAAAGAACUGAGUAACUACUUGUACAACUCCACAUGGAAUUCACUAUCAAAACAGUGGCAGUUCUGGGGAAAAGGUUUUUAUUUCAGAUGCCACAAAGGGAGACUUUAUGUAGGAUAAUCCCAACUUGCAUCCUUGAGGGUUCAACAAGGUGGCAUGCUAUUCUUGCAAGGAGAGAGAAGUCAGGAAUCUGUCCAGAUUGUGUUGCUUUGUCAAUGGCAUAAAAAUGCUGCACUAACUAUCAAAUGCUUACUGAAGCAGUGGGACUGGGAGAGACUGCAGAAGUGGUCAGAGACGUAUGAGAGUUCACAAGUAUCUCACUUGUCUGAUUCCAAGAUUAAUUUGGUGCUGGUGUUCAUAUAAUCCUAAAAGCUUAACUAGAUCACACUGUGAUAAUCUUGCUGAAGUUAUGCAACUAAUCAAAUCCAGUCAGAAAAUGAUCAUGUAUUCAGUUUUAUUGAACUAUUCUCUUGCUUUUCUGCAAGCAAAGGAGUACUGUAAGUAAUCAGUUUAAAACAUUGUUUUUCAAAGUUCUCUAAAGGCUGACCUUAAGAAGAAAUGCCACAUCUUUCACAGGAACCCAGUAUGUUGCUGAUUAUACCAGAUUGGUAUCCCAGAAUCCUUAACAUGUUAACAUCUUCACAGUGGUGAUAUAUCCAUGUUAUUACUAUUAAGCCUUUUUUGGUUGAGGCUUUAAGACUGUAGGCUGCAGACUUGCAGUUGCUCAGUUCCAAUGUCAAAACAUGGAUAUCAGCAGUUACAGCUGUCUUUCUACAGUGUAGAAUGUUUUCUUCAGCUUGUUUCCCAAAAUAUGGGGAAAUAGGAUUUGGGUUUUGUUUGUUUGUUUUGUUUGUUUGUUUGUUUGUUUUGAGGUGGUUGGGUUUCUUCUUUCCUUUUUUUUUUACUUCUAAUUCACCAUUGUAGCUAUCAGACUAUUACUCAAUAAAGUAAAUCAAAUUGCACAACAAUCUCCCAAUUUUUGUAUGUAUCGAUUUGCUAUUAUUGAGGAAACAGGGCUCUUAUGAACCUAUACAAUUUUCCUAGCUAAUACUUAGAUAAAUGCACAUGUAUCAGUGAGGAUGAAUACUCCUGCUUUGCCUUUGUGGCAUAGCUGGAUUACGUUCAGAUUAGUGGCUUAGAGGCUGCCUGCUGAAUUCCUGUAGUUAAGUAUUAGCAUAGGACCUUGCUUUUUCUGUUACAGCAGUCUUCCAAAUGGGAGGAGGGGACCAAGACCCUCAGUACCCAUUCCUCAGAUUAAAUGUGAAGUAUUUAAUAGAAGAAAUACUCAGGAUGAGAAUAGCAGCAGAGCAGUAAAGAGAGACAAGGACAUAGAUUCAUCCUCAGUCAACAAAUUCAUAGGUUUAGCUCUUUCCCUAGCUUAUUUGUUAAUUAAAGCAAGGACCUGUGCUUGAACAAGGAGGAUUGUCAAGACUUGCUAUAAUUGAGCUCUGCCCAGGCUGAAGUAGAAAUAACAUAAAAUAAUCUUCUUGUUUUCUUUGUGAUUUUACUGCUCUGUUGUACCGUUCUCAUAAACUUUGGGGCACUGACCAGCUUAUCUGUGGCAUCUAAAUUCCCAAUAUUAUCCUCUCAAUUUUUCAGUAACAUGCUGGCAGAAAUGAGUAGAAGAGCCAUUCAGGAAAACAAGAUACCAAGAACCUGAGGCAGAGUGGAUGGUUCCUUGGUAUGCCAGAUACUUGAUAUGUUCUCUCUGUGGAAAAGGCAGCUUUUCUCCUCCUCCUCCUCCAUGGAUUAAAUUUUCUGUCCCCAUUUUUAAUGCAAGCUUUAGUGUAGAAAUGGGGGGAGUUUUCUCCUGAAAAACAAAACAAAGGAUUUUGUUAUGUAACAUUUUCCCCCUGUCCUGCCAAAAUGUAGUUGGAAAUUUUUCACAUUACAUGGUGACCACCCUUUGGUUCCCAUCCCAGAAGACUUGUAUUCCAGGUAUGUGUUAUAAUCACACAAUUUUUCUCGUCAGCCUUGCUAGGAUCUGCCACCCUAGGCUGAGGAGCUUUUCCUGUGAGCAGAGCCUGUGAAAGAACCAUAUGCCUGGGAACACUUUUCAUUCUGAAGAAUCUGUUUUCUCACAAUUCUUGUCUAGCUCUACCUUGCAGUGAGAGAGCUGCUAUAUGGAAUAACUUCUGUCACAGUUAGAAACACUCUAAUCUGCUGCUAUGUUAACCUUCCACUACCGUGCAUUUUCAGUCAAGGUGAUAUGCUUGGAGUCUCAAUGAUAAACACAUAAUAAUUCCUCCCUGGCUAGCCCCUGGCCUGAGGAUUUAAAAUCAUGAAUACCAAUGCUGGAGCAAGCAGACUGAGAGGAUAAGUGCAAUGAGACUGUAUAUUGCAAAUAUAAGAAAUAAUUUAUGGCUUAUUGCUGGCAGCCUACUGUAAGCACACAUAGGCCAAGUGUACCCCACGGCAGAGCCAAGCUCUGAGGAGCGACAUGAGGCAAAUGCAGGGAAGCUUGCUGGGUUUCUUGAUAGCAGUUCUCCAAAGCACAAGGGCAAAUGGUAGGCUGAGGAUGAGGAGUGCUAGUAAAGUGAAAGGUGGUGAUUCUUGUAAAUAAUCAAGAUUAGUUACUGUCAUGUGGAAUCAAGUCACCAAACACUAAGCAUACUGACUUCAUGUCAUUUGUAUUAAUUCCUGUGAAGAAAAGCAGGGUCUGUAGCUAUGGUGUGCUCGAAGCAGUGAACAGUAUUUUAAACAGACUGGAGGGGGAACUAGUCCUCUUUGCAUGAAAGCGCGGUUCUUGUCCUCAUUAGGAUGCCAGUCCUAGGGUUGAUGCAUUGCACUAGUAAAACUAAACUGCACUAUAGCUUGCUGAAAGCUUGGCUUCUUUCUAAUGCAGCACAGAGGAAGGACUUGUUCUGGUACAAAAAAUCCAAGGAUAGCACAUGAUUGGAUUACAGUGGUGCAAAGAUCUUGCAUGUAGACUUUGUGUAUUUUUAGUCAUGAUCAUGUUGUUCAAAUAUUUUAAAAAAGUUUCAGUGCCUUUUUUCUUUUUUUUUCUUUCUUUCUUUCUGGAUGUUGUGGCUUGUUUGCAGCACUAGCUUUUAAAUUGCUGGCUCUUCAGAUUCCAAAAAUUACUUCCAACUGAUAUAUAUCAUCUUGAAUCCUAGUACAGAGUGUUCAGUGAAGCCAGUUUCACACAUUCAAUGCCCAUGAGUCAACCAAAAAUCAUGAUAAGGACUUUAAUCCUAAGCCUUUUUUCUCACCCCCAUGUGUUGGUUUAGUUUUUAGUUUUUGAGUCUUGAGGUUUCAGAUUUUCCAGCUUGUACCUGGAAUGUUAGUUGCUGAAAACAUCUUUAUUUUAAUUAAAGGAAAACUGAGAAUCCUACAAUCCUAAAAGGUGAUGCUUAAAAUAACCCCAAACAACCAAACCAAAUGUAAUUGCAAGAUGAAUGAUGAAAAUAGAAUUGGUGACAUUAUUUCAUUUAGCACUAAACCUAGCAGAAGUGUGAACUAUGGCAGCAUUUUAGUUGUAUGGGUACUUUCCUGCUGGUAGUGUUAUCACCAGAGACAGAAAAUGGUUCAAAUACAAGAUGAAUGGGUAGAGUGGAAACGUAUCCAAGCAGCUGCACCCAGUAAUUUACAUUAGAAGUAAUUUUAUUUUAAUGUGAUCUCGUCUGUAUUGUCCUUAUUAUAUUUUAUGUAACCCCAUUCUACACAAACAAUAUAUAAUUAUUAGCAAGAAGGAAAAAUUGUUCACUAGAAUAUGGAGGCAGAGGGUUUUUUUAAUAUCUUAAAACAAUGCAGAACUUACUCUUCACUAGAAAUGAUGGAGCUUUAUAAUCCGAGACUCUUACUAAGUCUCAUCACCUUGAGGAAACAGAAUCUACAUACAAUACAAAGGACAGGGUUCUGUAGUUGCAUGAAUUCCUGUACCUUAGCCAGCUCCCAUGUCUUAGCAAAAUGUUCCUGCAGGUAAAUUAUCUUGUUAAAGAUUGUAAAAAACUUUAUUUACUUACAUGUUCUAUUCAAGAGCUUCUUCUUGUAUUCCUGAUAACAAUCCUAUGGAUUUUUCCUUCGUCUAUAAGCUUAGGCUCUAGCGGAAAGUAAGUCGAGUGGUGUCAGGGCUUUGCUCUCCUUAAGCCAAAACACAUGAUGGAAAUGGGAAGAGAGAUCUUUAGACAGGGGUAACACGUCUAAGGGUCAUUUAAAAUAAAGUAAAAUAAAAUUUCUGCUGGCUUCACUGUCAUUAAAAUGAAUCUAAGUGUCAUAUUUACUGCUAGAGGAAACAAUGGCUUAAGGGAUUCUAAAAAUGGUAUUGUUAAUUCUCAAUCAUAAGAAACUUUAUCAAAACGAGGAAUUUUAUUUAGAUAAAACUAUAGAAAUAAAAGAAACUUUUAGUAUCUAAACCAAACAAAUUCCAAAUAGAAUAACCAGAAAUUAGUUGAAAGUUCUGAGCUUGUUAGUUCUUUAUAUACAAAGGAAGUGAAUACGACAAGCUACUUUGGUAUCUCAGCCUAGCUUCUGAAAACCACUUCUUUAUUAGUGUUAAAUUCAGCAGGUCUCAGUAUUUUGCUAAGCCAUUAGAAUGACUGAAAAUGCCUGGAAACAGCAUUCCAUUUCAGUCAUCAUGGUCUGAGCUCGCUUUACAACAAAGUGAUUUGCCACAGUAGUGCUGAAAUGGAGUGAUUUCUACAGUGGGCUGAAUAUCUCUGAAGGGGACCGUGAGGCAGAGUUGGUGCUGCCUAAGGCCAUGAAGGGUAUCAGGUGCUGACCAUUGCUGGUCCUUAUGUGCUGCCUUAGACAGAGGGCACACUACAAACUAGGUGAAAUACAGCUGCCAGGAAAACAGAUGAGGAACUACUUUGCUUGCUAAGGAGGGAAUUUCAUGUCUGAGAAGGGACUGAAGGGAAAGAACGUGGAAGAGUCAGCAGCUUCUGUGAGAGGUGGCACUUCUCACAAGGUGUAUCAAAUAACUAACCAUCAGGAUGAGUAUGAUACUGAAAUGUCCUAUUAGUAGAGAUUAAAGGUCCAGGGGGAUAACAAGUAUCAGCACAGUUUGAAUCCACAUAUAAACAAAGUCCAUCUAGAUAACUAAAUUUCAGGAAAAAAAAAAGCUUCUAGCAAAAUCAGUCUGUCCUGGUGCCAGGGUUACCAAACCAGGGGAGGGAUUAACUGUGUUUAUUAAUCAGGUUAUCUACAGGGCUUUGAAGCAGCCAGUGCCUCUGACAAAGUCUAUAGAAAUGUAAAAACAUAUCACCAUAAUUAUGGUGUUUAAUCUGCCUGAUAAAUUGUGAAUUUUUUUCUACUUAGAUCCUGUUUUAAAAAGGGAUUGCACCUGUGUUACAUUUUGUUUUCUUCCAGAGCUGAAGCCAGUAACUCUCCAGGAACUGAAAUACCAAAAUAAUACCACUCCUUUCUAUGGUAUUAAGGAGGAAUAUAAUACCAGAGCAAAAGCUAUUUAUAUUAGCAUAGGAGGUGGUUGGGCACUGGAACAGGCUCCCCAGGGAAGUGGUAACAGCACCAAGCCUGACAGAGUUCAAGAAGCAUUUGGAUGAUUAUCUCAGGCACAUGGUGUGACUCUUGGGGAUGAUCCUGUGCAGGGUUAAGAUUUGGACUCAAUGAGCCUUAUGGGUCCCUUCCAACUCAGCAUAUUCUGCGAUUCUGUGAAGGCAUUUAGUAGGAAAAACUUCAAGCAGAUGCUAUCCAGGAAAAGUUUAGUGCUGAGUGCUGCAAAGAGCAAAAUACAUUUAACCCCCCCCCCACAAACUCAAUGGUUCUGGUUUGAUUUUUCUUUCACUAGCAGGCAGGGUUUAUGUAGGUAAAUCUUUUUGAUUCUGGUCAAAUUGUUCCAUAAUUGAAGUUUCAUAUUUGAGGUUUGCAAUUUGGUGCACUGUUGGUUAACAAAUAAUAAAUGCAGAGGUAUGUUAAAUGUGGGGAAAGAUUCAAAGCUCCACGCAAAUUCUUCUUUUGAGAUUAUUUGGAUCAGGCUUGAUAAGAGGAGUUAUAUAGAAAAUAGUUGUAAAUCUGGUAGCUGAAAGCUGUAAAAUACCUUUUCAGAACGCUUUGUUACAGUUUAACUGUAUCUCUUCAGGUUGCAGCCCUAAAAUAGGAUCUGUUCAGCUGAGUCCUGUACCCACACUAUGUUUGUCUCAGGGGGGGUCUCCAGAUUUGAGAGAUUGCUCCAGACACCUAUAUUACAUGUCAUACAUUUGCUUUUUUCUUACCCAGUGUGCUGUUUGAUGCAUAUGCAGAGCAGAAUAAGUUGUGGAUCGAUUGUUACUGUUCAAGGGAUUUAAUUUGGUCCAUUUUCUUUAGGAACAGAAACAAGACUGAGCUGCAAUUUUCCAUCUGUAAAGUGGGCAGUGGACUCAACAUUUUGUAAUUUAUCAGCAUAGGGUGAAAAGUGGCUUAUAUUUCAUUUAACAUUAGUAGGAACUUAAGCUGCAAUGAUGGCAGUAUCUUUGGCUGCACUGGUAGAAAGAGAGAAGUAAGUUAAGAAAGUGAGAUCCUUGUCUAACUAUAUUGCAGUGGAAGUGGCAUCACAGCUCCUUCGUGAGCUGAAGUGCUUCAGGCGUGUGUUGUCUUCAAGAGAAACUGGCUGUGAGAAGAUAACUGUUUUCUGGAAAUUCAUCUGUUUAACUCCCCUGAUGGAGGAUGCAGUGCCUACUGCAGGCUGGUUCACUAGCCUGAAUGCAGGCAGGUUUCAUUUUGAAAGGGAACAAAACAGAGUAAGUGAAAUUUUAAUUGAAGGGUUUGUCCAGUUCAAAUCCUAAAAAAUGGAAGAUUACAAAAAGCAAUAAUUACUCUCCCCCUAAAUAAAGCCAACCUUCCAGUCUUUCAUGUAAAAUGCUAGAGAACCAUUUCAUAUGCUGUAAUUUGCAAACAAAAUAAGUUGGUUUUGUGAAAAGGCUUCAGACUUGAAUCUUAAAUUCAUUUUAGUUAUUUGUCAAUGUUUGAUUUUCAGGCUAAUUAGUGAAUUUUCUUUGUUCUCACAUUAUUAAAAUGGUGCUUUACAUUUAAAAAUAACUUCAUAAGUCUGGAAUAAAUAAUAAAUAAUAAGAGAGUUGUAAUAUUUCAUCUGUCUCCUCAAAGUAUUUUUAAAUUAAAAAUAAACAGAGAACUACAUUAAUUCAUGUAUUUAAAGAAAAUGGACUAAAAAUUCUGAGACAUACUGAGUCAUGUUUGGCAAAUAUUAAUUACAAGUUUUUUAUUACAAUUCAUUGGAGUUUUUUUUCUGGAAUGUAUGCAAACGUUUUGCAUUUGAUGCCUGUUUCUUUUUUAUAACUACUUGUCACUCAACUUUUUGCUACAGAUUAUUUAUCUCAAAGUAAACAGCAUUAAGAAUUCACUGCAGUACUGCUAAUAAACACUUAUUUUUAUUAUUGAAACAAAUGUAAAUGUAUAGACGCUACAGUGUCACUUUAAACCUGGUUUAAGAUAUUUUAAAACUUUCUGUGCUAUAUUUUACCUACAUGCUGGACAUGCCUUUUAAUAAAAUAAUACUUUUAAGGAA